GCGCGGCACGGGGGGGGGGAUCGGCUUCUCUCAUUCUCAUUUCCAAAUUCCUUUUCAUUCCGCACGACGAUUUGGCUUCUCCCUCCGCCGGCCACCGAGACAGCUCAGCCCCGCCGCCUUCUGCCAGGAGACCGCCCAGUCUGCCUCGUUCGCGCGCGCCAUGACUCUAUGCCCUACGAGGUGCGCGUCACCUCUCGUCCAUCCGUCUUCCCUCCGCAUGCGCUAGGGUUUCCUACCCCCAUGUCCGCCGCCCGCCGCCGGCGAGGCAGCUCGGCCCCGCGCCGACGCUUGCCUCUAGGAAGCGGAUUGGGGCCCCGCCCUGAUGCGUGCCGGUUCUUUGGCGGCGGUGUUGAGGUUCAGCCGAGGAAGCGUCCUGAUGUCGGAAGCGGUGGUUGGAGCACGGCGAAGGACGCGCGGCUCGACGUCCGGCGAUUAGCAGCGAGAGAGAGGUGACGUGGGGUGCGGCGUCAGGAACACAGUACGGACGGGUGGAUCCUAGCGGGCGCCGCUGGAUCGUCUCACCGAAGCACCGGAUCCUUGCGCACACCGCUGAGAAUCGGAGCCGCGGAUCUGUCGGAGUAGAGGACCCAGUGCUGCGCGAUGCGGCCGCCGGCAGAACAGCAUUCCGGCGAGUUACUUCGCAAGCUAAGCGCCGCUCUCUCUCAAUACACCUUCUUCUACGGACUGCAGUACACGAAUGCGAUAUUCGCUAUAACUUUCACCAACAUGGCUCCUGUGCUCACUUUCCUCAUUGCAGUCUUACUAAGCUCCAACUUUUCACUUGUGAAGAUGACUAGAUUGGUUGGUAGACUGUCAAAAAAGCAGAAAGAGAUAGUCACAGAUUGUGGAUUUGGAUCGAUUGUUGCUCUUAACUGCUCAUCUAUUCCAAAUAAUCUAGUAAUUUGGCUGGCAAAGCAUUAUGAUUCCAGGUCUAAGUCUGUCAAGCUUCUUGGUGGUAAAUCUUUCAGCAUUGAUGGAAGUGCAGUUCAUCAAAUCUUGGGGAUCCCCCUUGGUGGCAAGAAAGUUCCAACAAAAUCAUCUAGUCAUUCAAAGUCCAUUGUUCUCAAGGACACAAGUGGAUCGAGACAGGCAACUAAAAUUGAUGAUCUCAUUGCCACGGUUAACCAGAAUGACAGUGGUGUUUUUGUGAUGCAACUUCUGUUGUCAUACAGGGGAAAGACUCACUUCCACUUCAAACAAGAACACGCAAAGCCAAUCCGAGAAUCGCUAACCUAUUAUCUUUGCACGCAUGAGGAUAAUGAGAUUGUUCUACUAGAUAUCAAGAACAUAGCAUGUCAACAUGGUAUUUUUCUGGAAAACAAUGUGCAAGGCAGGAAAAGGUAUUUCUGAAAUCAUAAGAAGGUUGUAAAGUUAUGCCCUCCGCAUAUGCCCCCCAUGGGAUGUCCUGCAGAUAUUUUUUGUGGCAACAUUUUAUGUUUUAAUGGUCGCUACAUGAUAAAUUUAGUUGUUCCGUUAAUAAUGUACUUUAUUUUUUCGCAACAACUUUUUUUGCUCCUUUUAAAUA